CUUUUAACAUGGGGGAUGUGAAACUAGUAUCUACUAGGAUCUCCAAAGCCACCUUGACCUUGGACCACUCCGCUCUGAGACCUCCUGCUCCAACGGAAGCACCGGCAUUUACCUUACCUCCAAGGAAUCUCCGUGUACCACUUGGGGGCACUGCCAGGUUCGAAGGAAAGGUCAGAGGCAGCCCAGAACCUCAGAUCACAUGGUACAGAAAUGGGCAUCCUGUGGUGGAGGGAGAGCGCUAUGUAGUUGACCGCAGCAUUCGAGGACUUUGCAGCUUGAUGAUCAAAGGGGUGCAGGAGGAAGAUGGUGGCCCAUACACAUGUGAGGCCACAAAUGCUGGUGGAGUUCGCCAGGUGACAGCAGAAUUAACAGUGGAAGGAACUGUUUUGAAGAAGUACAGUCUGCCUUCCAGUGUCAAAAGUUCUGGUGCUAGACUUACUGUUCCACCUGUAGAACAACGACCAAGCUUCUGGGGUGAAUGUCCACCCAAGUUUGCAACAAAACCCAACCGAGUCAUUGUGCGGGAGGGACAGAUGGGUAGAUUCUCCUGUAAGGUUACAGGGCGACCUCAGCCUCAAGCUGUUUGGUUCAAGGGUGAAAUUCAGGUGCAGAAAGAUGAUCGUUUCAACAUGUUUGAGAAAGCAGGCAUCCAGUUUUUAGAAAUCCGAAAUGCUCAGCUGGCUGAUGCUGGAACUUACACUUGCACUGUGAUGAAUAGUGCUGGGAAGGCUUCUGUGUCUGCAGAGCUCAUGGUUCAAGGUUUUGUCAAGAGAGAGGCAUAUGUUCCACCUCCAUGCACAUCAACAAAAUCCAGCACAACCAUCACAACCAAAGCAAUUGAAACCUCAGAGUUCAGAAGGGCCACCAGCAAUGGGAUUGCUAAGGAACUCAAAUCCACAACAACUGAACUUUUGCUUGAACCCAAAGAAAGGCCAGCCAUGAAGAAAGAGGCCCCUCUUCCUUCAGCCAAAGAAACCAAACUGAAUGCAACAGAACAGUCAAAGGAACCCAAUGUAGAGCCACCUAAUGAAGAAGGGAAAGGUUGUAGGGUCCUGCAGAAAACAUCAAGCACAAUAACACUUCAGUCUGUUAAAGUACAACCUGGGCCGAAGGCAGAACUGAAAGCAACUUCUUCUGGAGUGGAAAGCAAUGGGGAAAAGCCAAAGCAGCCAGCCACUGCAGGUUGGCAGCCUGGCCCCUCUGCCAAGUUAGGUGGUCUGAGGGCAAAGGAAAUGGAAGCCUGCACUGGCUUAAAGAAAAGCAUAACAGAAGUAAAGAGGGAGACCCAAGGGAUCCCUCCCCAAUUUGAGUGUCGCCCACAAAGUCAAGAAGCACUGGAAGGAGAAGAGGUUACAUUCAGAUGUAAAGUUUCAGGGAAACCUAAGGCAACUGUUGAAUGGUUCAAAGAAGGAUCCCCAGUGGAGGCAGGAGAUGGAGUUCAGAUAUAUGAAGAAAAUGGUGUCCAUUGUUUUGUCCUGAAAAAAACCAAUUUGGAAAACAGUGGGUCUUACUGUUGCACAGCCUCCAACACUCAAGGUCAGGCUUCAACCAGAUGGAUACUAACUGUAAAAAGGCCUAAAGUGAAGGACGUUGCUCCGCAUUUUUCCAGUGUACUGAAAUCCUGCAGUGUGAGUGAAGGGCAGGAUUUUGUGCUUCAGUGCUCCAUUGAGGGAACACCUGUGCCUCAGAUCACUUGGCUUCUCAAUGAUCAGCCAAUCCAGUACGCACAUUCUCUCUUUGAAGGAGGAAUUGCAAAGCUGACUGUACAAGAUGCCUUACCAGAAGAUGAUGGGGUGUACACUUGCCUGGUAGAAAAUAGUGCUGGAAGGGCAUCCUGCAGUGCUCAAGUUACUGUCAGAGAAAAGAAAAGCAGAAACAGAUUAGAGAGUGCACCUCCUGCCCCUGCCAGCAAAACGUUCCCUCCCAUCUUCCUUAAAGGCCUAACUGAUCUCAAGGUGAUGGAUGGAAGCCAAGUGAUUAUGACAGUAGAAGUUUCAGCUAACCCGCCUCCUGAAAUAAUUUGGCUGCACAAUGGGAAAGAAAUCCAGGAAACAGAAGAUUUUCACUUUGAGAAGAAGGGCAAUGAAUAUAGCCUGUAUAUCCAGGAGGUAUUCCCGGAAGACACAGGAAAGUACACCUGUGAAGCUUGGAAUGACUUAGGAGAAAUUCAGACUGAAGCAACACUGACUGUACAAGAACCCCAGGAUGGAAUUCAGCCGUGGUUCAUUAGCAAACCGAGGUCAGUUACUGCAGUAGCGGGGCAGAAUGUCCUCAUUUCCUGUGCCAUUGCUGGAGAUCCUUUUCCCACAGUACACUGGUUCAAAGAUGGUCAGGAAGUGACACCUGGAGGAGGCUGUGAAUUCUUACAAAAUGAAGACAUCUUCACAUUGAUUAUAAGAAAUGUACACCUUCGUCAUGCUGGCCACUAUGAAAUCCACCUCAGGAACCCAGUUGGAGAAUGUAGCUGCCAGGUGUUUUUGAUGCUGAGAGAAAGUUCUGUUUCCAAAGGAGAAACACAUAGCGAUGGGAGGCAGACAGAACGAAGAGAUGCUGAUAAUCAUGAUGCACUGACAUUUAGAAGCAUUGGUGGCUUCAGAAAAAAUACUGGUGAAUCCCAGCAAGUUGAAGAAGAGCAGAAGGACGUCCGUGGGGUGCUUAAAAGGCGAGUAGAAACCCGAGAGAGCACAGAGGAAAAGCUUAGGCAACAAGAGGCUGAGCAGAUUGACUUCCGUGACAUUUUGGCAAAGAAAGUCAGUACCAAAAGUUUUUCUGAGGAGGAGCUGAAGGAAAUUCCAGCCGAACAAAUGAACUUCCGUCCUACCCUGCAGCAGGUCAAGCCCAAGACCGUGAUAGACGAAAGAAAGAUACAUUCUCCUCAACAGGUAGACUUCCGUUCAUUGUUGACUAAGAAGGGCACUCGCAAAUCUACCUUGACAGAGAAGGCACCAGAACCAGCAACCCCAGAUUUUAGAUCUGUACUUUCUGGGAAGAAAAAAGUACUGACUGAAAAUGGUGGCCCUGGUGCCCAAGCCCCGAAUGCCAGUGCCAGCUCCGAAGCACAGAAACCCAGCAGUAUCUCUAAAGUGUCAGAUGCCAACACCAGCUCCAAGAACCCACCAGCAUCCAAGGCACUGGACACCACUAAUUCUGGCUCUAAACUUCCAGACACAAACACUGUUUCAGAACCCAAAGGUGCCAGCUCCAAAGCUAAAAUUCUGAAUGUUAGUGCUAACUCUGAAGCCCAGGUUCCUAGCACCAACUCUGAAAUGCCACACAGCAAGCCAGCGGAGAAAGAGAAUAAGAAUGACAUCAAUUGCAAAGGUGGUUGUCCACCAGUGGUGGAUGGGCAGAUAAUCAAAGAGAAGAUAAAGGAUAACAAAACAGAAUCUAAGGGGACAGCACCAUCCUUUACAGAAGAGCUAAAAGAUACCCAUGUAGUAGAAGGUGAAAAAUUAGUCUUGCAGUGUCAGGUUUCCUCAGAUCCACCUGCUACUGUUACCUGGACUCUGGAUGGGAAGGUCAUCAAAUCAUCAAAGUUUAUUGUCCUCUCCCAAGAAGGAUCACGAUGUUCCUUAGUCAUUGACAAGACCUUUCCUGAAGAUGAAGGCAGGUACAAAUGCAUAGCUGAGAAUACUGCAGGAAAAGCAGAAUGUACUUGCAGUGUUUUGGUGGAAGGUGAGGCUACAGUAAAGAAGAAACGAACUCCAAAGACUCCACCUAAAGCAGUUCUUCCACCUCAGAUUGUUCAGUUCCCAGAAGACCAAAAAGUGCGGGUUGGCGAAUCCGUGGAACUGUUGUGCAAAGUAGCAGGAACUCUACCCUUAACGUGUACCUGGAUGAAAUUCCGCAAGCAGAUCCAAGAGAAUGAGCACAUCAAAAUAGAGAAUGCCGAGAACAGCAGUAAGCUAACUAUCUCUUCCACGAAGCAGGAACAUUGCGGAUGCUAUACUUUAAUGGUAGAAAACAAGCUGGGCAGCAGACAGGCCCAGGUCAACCUCACGGUUGUAGAUAAACCUGAUCCUCCUGCAGGCAUGCCUUGUGCAUCUGACAUCAAGAGUUCUUCCCUUACUCUCUCAUGGUACGGCUCCUCAUAUGAUGGGGGAAGUGCAGUGCAAGCCUACACAGUGGAAAUCUGGAACACAGUGGACAAAAAAUGGACUGAUCUCACUACUUGUCGUAGUACUUCUUACAAUGUCCAGGACCUGCUGGCUGACAGGGAGUACAAAUUCCGGGUGCGAGCUGCUAAUGUGUAUGGGAUGAGUGAGCCAAGCCAUGAAUCAGAGUUGGUAAAAGUGGGAGCCAAGCAGGAAGGCCCUAAAGAAGAGGAGGAAGAAGAAGCAGAAGGGUCUGAUGAUGAAGAGAAAGAAACAGAAAUUGACUAUCGAACAGUGACCAUCAAUACUGAACAAAAAGUUUCAGACUUCUACAAUGUUGAAGAAAGAUUGGGAUCGGGGAAAUUUGGACAAGUCUUCCGGCUUGUUGAGAAGAAAACUGGAAAGGUUUGGGCAGGAAAAUUUUUCAAAGCAUAUUCAGCUAAAGAUAAAGAAAAUAUAAGGCAAGAGAUCAGCAUUAUGAACUGUUUGCACCAUCCAAAGCUUGUCCAGUGUGUAGAUGCCUUUGAAGAGAAGGCUAACAUUGUCAUGGUCUUGGAACUUGUUUCUGGAGGGGAGCUGUUUGAGAAAAUCAUCGAUGAGGACUUUGAACUAACAGAGAGGGAGUGCAUUAAAUACAUGAAACAGAUCUCAGAAGGGGUACAGUACAUUCACAAGCAGGGCAUUGUUCAUUUGGAUCUGAAGCCUGAAAACAUCAUGUGCGUCAACAAGACUGGUGCACGAAUCAAGCUGAUUGACUUUGGACUUGCACGACGAUUAGAGAACGCAGGUUCUUUGAAAGUUCUCUUUGGGACACCAGAGUUUGUGGCUCCAGAAGUUAUAAAUUAUGAGCCUAUAGGGUAUGCUACUGACAUGUGGAGCAUUGGAGUCAUCUGCUACAUCUUGGUCAGUGGACUUUCUCCUUUCAUGGGUGACAACGACAAUGAAACCUUAGCCAAUGUUACCUCUGCAACCUGGGAUUUUGAUGAUGAAGCUUUUGAUGAGAUCUCAGAUGAUGCCAAGGACUUCAUCAGCAAUCUUCUAAAAAAAGAUAUGAAGGACCGCUUAGAUUGUACCAAAUGCCUCCAACAUCCUUGGCUGCAAAAAGACACCAAAACCAUGCAAGCCAAAAAGCUGUCCAAAGAUAGAAUGAAAAAGUACAUGGCUAGAAGAAAAUGGCAGAAAACAGGAAAUGCUGUCCGUGCCAUAGGAAGACUAUCUUCUAUGGCAAUGAUUUCUGGCCUGAGUGGAAGAAAGUCCUCUUCAGGCUCACCAACCAGUCCUGUUAAUGCAGAAAAGAUGGAACCUGAAGAUGAAGCUGCCAACACUCUCCUGGAACCUGUUGAUGAAGAAAGGUCCCAUGUCAAACCAUAUUUCUCUAAAACUAUUCAAGAUAUAGAAGUUGUAGAAGGCAGUGCUGCUAGAUUUGACUGCAAAAUUGAAGGUUACCCUGACCCAGAGGUUAUUUGGUACAAAGAUGACCAAUCAAUCAAGGAGUCCCGGCACUUCCAGAUAGAGUAUGAUGAAGAUGGCAACUGCUCUUUGACUAUUUCUGAAGUUUGUGGGGAUGAUGAUGCCAAAUACACCUGCAAGGCAAUUAACUGUCUUGGAGAAGCAACUUGUACCGCAGAACUCAUUGUGGAAACAAUGGGCAAAGAAGGAGAGGAGGAGGAAGAGGAGGAGGAGGAGGAGGAAUGAAAUAAAGCUAAUGGGAGAAAGAGAUUUGAAAAACCACCUAUUAAAGACUUUAAGAGGCUCAUGCAGUAUGACAUUAGGUCAUGGGUUCCUUGGUUUGUUUCAUCAGCACAAUAUGACGACACCGGCUUGUUCUAUUUAUGGGCAUUAACUUGAAUUAGCAAGCACUUUAGGUGGCUGUUGUGCUUGGAUUUUGUUUAAGUUAAAGCAUCAAUUGCAUAGUCCAACAGUGAAUGUGAACACACCCUAUGAAGCUAAUCUGCAAUUUUAAAUGGUUGACUAUUUGUUGAACUUAACUAAUCAGGAGAAGGGGACUGGACAACUGUUCCAUCAACUAGUACAGCAACAGUGCAGAACUUGGAGUACUUAUGUUUCAUUUCUCCUAAACACACUUGCAUUUCUGUAAGCCCCUCUGAUGUUCCAGUACAUCACUGAAACUAAAUAAAUGCAAGUGUGUUUUGAGAACAUGGGGCACAAUCUAGCAGCAAGGUUGCCUGCAAAGGGCUCACUGAAAAGACAGGAGCUGUACAAAGUAACUUCCUAGUGGAGUGUAUCCUUGAACUCUAAAUCUUGGUAUAUAUGCAAUUUGGUUGUUCUCUACCCUAUUUCUAAGUGAAGACAUUUAUCCUCCCCACAGCACUUUUCAUACUGAAAGUAUUAUGUAUCUUCAUUAAUUUUUCCUCUGAACAUUACGUUUUUAAGUCAAAAUGCCUAAGUUUAAGCCAAUAUAGUUAUCACUGGAAUAAAAGGAAUAAAUUUAGCAUAAAUCGCAAGUUUGACUAUUUUAUAAAUCACAGCCUAAAUAUAGUUGUCCUGCUAUGAAAAUUAAAAGCAAAUUUCCAUUAAUUUAUUUGUUGCCAUAGAUGAGCAGUGGAUCUUUACUUCCUCUAUUGAAAAUAUUUCUCCAUGAGUGCCAACAUUUACAACCAUAUUAACAUCAGCAGGAAAUAGCCAGGAUGUUCACUCUUCAACUGAUCACCUGGCACAUCCAGGAUUUUACACACCCUGACAAACUGUCCAAACUCUUGUUGACAUGAAUGUGCUGAAAUAUGACCCUUGCGAGUCAAUGACUUAUGGCAGUUUCACCAUGGACUGAUAUUGACUGACCAGCUUUUUUCCACAGCUGGUAGGGACAGAAAUAGUCAUAAAGAUCAGCCCUACAUUUCUCUUACUUUGUGGCAGAUUCCUGCCAGGGCAACUAGACUGAAUAAAGAACCUGUUUUGCAACUGUGUUUGCUAGGCUGCAGUAAAAUGUGAUUGUUUUGAAAUGCCUGCUGUUGCAAAACAGUAAACUGUAAAGUCAGUGCGUAUGUGGGGCAACUCAGCUUGUGACCUAUUUGUGGCUUGGUUUGGUUAGUACAAUGAUUUUUUUCUUGAUGUUUAGCUGGAAACUGGAGUGAACAAGGAAAGUGAGCCUAGAUUACAUGUUUCUCUACAAGUUCCAAAGAACCACAGAUUAGCUCAGUAUCUGUGAGACAAAUGUCUUAAAGAAAAAAAAAAAAAAGCAUAACCAACAGUGAAAGGUAAUCUCUUCCUAAAACCAAUUAACACCUUCAGAUUUAUCCACAUUGCUUUUCUUUCACAAUUAGUUGCAAUUCAGAGUUCUGAAACAUUAUACAAAAUCAAAUAACAGUAUAUGUCCACUCUGUGCAUCAUUCCAGUUGUGUGGCUUUAUUCCACUUUGUGCAUAAAGUACAAGCAUAAGAGCUGACUUUUAAAAAAUACACAACAAAGCUUACUUUAGGUCUUCAAAGCAAAACAGGGGAAAUUAAAUGUAUUUUAAUACAGAUGUAUACGGUAUCAUCUUUAGAUUAUUUGAUUGUAGCUAAUCUUAUGUUUUCUAUAUUAUUUGCUUGUCUGCCUGUCUGAAUACAGCAGCUCAGAAUUUCAUAUAUAAAGCUCACUCACAAUUGCUGUGGGUUUUUACUGCUUUUGCUGUUUCUUGCUAGGUUGAGGUUGCCAGCAUGUCUUCUUAAAUGGAUAUAGAACUUUUGUUAUAUUAAAACACAAUAAUUGCCAGAUUGCCACACAAUUCUUAAAAGAAAAUGUUUUAGCAUUAAUUACUGCAAACAAAGCAUUUUCUCACAUGUUUUUAAUGUGUUAAAACAAUGGGUGUAUUUUUUUUUUGUAUACCUUAAUUAAAAUAUGCUGAUGUUUUCCAGGUUUCUUGAAAGAUGAGAUCUGCAAGAUUUGAGAACACUACAGCUGUAGUUACUCAUGAUUUCUCAAUAAACAACUACCACAAGGCA